UUGGGCAGGAAGUCGGGAAAUAUAAGCGGCUGAGUACGACAAUCUGGCACCGUUGCACACACAAGUUUGCUCUCCUUCCCAGCCGCCUCCCACGAACCUCGCCACACUGCUGCCCUGUCACCCUCAACAACAUCACCCUAUCUCGCGCCAUGGCCACUGACAACCUCUCAGCUGUGCUCUAUGAUAAGAAUGACCUCAGAAUGGAAAAUCGUCCGAUUCCAGAGCCUGGUCCAGAUGAGGUCCUUCUACGUAUGGCCAAGGUUGGCAUUUGCGGAUCAGAUGUGUCGUAUCUAGUGAGGGGAGCCAUUGGGGAUUUUGUUGUCAAGGCACCAAUGGUUCUGGGCCAUGAAGCAUCUGGUGUGGUGGCCAAGUGUGGAAGCAACGUGAAAACUCUGAAACCAGGUGACCGUGUUGCCAUUGAGCCUGGUGUGCCCUGCAGAGUGUGCGACUUUUGCAAGAGUGGCAAGUAUAAUCUGUGUCCUGAUGUGGUCUUCUGUGCCACCCCACCAGAUGAUGGAAAUCUUUGCCGCUACUUUGCUCAUGCUGCUGAUUUUUGCUUCAAAUUGCCGGAUCAUGUCACACUUGAAGAAGGGGCCAUCCUUGAGCCAUUAAGUGUUGGCGUCCAUGCCUGCCGUCGAGCAGGGGUCACACUAGGUUCAUCAGUGUUGGUGUGUGGGGCAGGCCCAAUAGGUCUUGUGAGUCUUCUCUCUGCCAAAGCAAUGGGAGCUUCUAAAGUCUGCAUAACAGAUAUUGAUGAGAAUCGGCUGCAAGUUGCCAAAAGCAUGGGAGCAGAUCACACUGUUUUGGUCAAGAGUGGUGCUGUGGAGACACUGGCCCAGAAGAUCAAGGAAGAGAUGGGAGAGAUGCCAAACAUUACCGUUGAAUGCAGUGGUGCAGAAUCAAGUAUUCGCUUGGGAAUACUUGCUACAAAAUCUGGUGGUGUGAUAGUGCUUGUUGGCCUUGGUCCAGCUGAAGUCAAGGUCCCAAUUGUCAAUGCUGCAACAAGAGAAGUUGACAUUCGUGGUAUAUUCCGAUAUGCCAAUUGCUAUCCACUUGCCUUAGAUAUGAUUGCCACUGGGAAGAUCAAUGUGAAGCCUCUUAUCACACACCGCUACAAACUAGAGGAGAGUGCCAAGGCUUUUGAGACAGCCCGCACUGGUGCUGGAGGAGCCAUCAAAGUCAUGAUUUCAUGUGACUAAUUUCAGUGUACAUGUACUGCUUUCAUCAUAUUAACACAUGAACAAUGGAAAAUAUUUCAUAUUAAAUGUUUUGCCCUCUCUGAGCAUUAAUUUCAGUUUGGCAUGUGACUCGAGAAAAUAGAUACAUUACUAACAUGUUAGCUAUUAACCCUUAGAUGGCAGCAGUACUUGAAGAGUAGCUCCCCCCAAGAUGAAUCAUCUAUAUAUAGUCACUACUGACCUUAGGAGUGUAGCAUAAAUAUAGUUAUGCCACAUAAUAGAUGUUUUAACUAACACCUAUAUAUAGAUUCUACCGCAAUCUGAAGUGUUGUUAUAUUUCUGCCAUACAAAACUGACUGACUGAAUUUUGGACCUCCUAUAACUGUCAGGGGAUCAAGAGCAGUGAACCCUAUAUCAAGGACCUAUUAGGCAGGUCCAUAUGCUGGCCUUGCAGGAAACGUGGCUGUGCAGGGAUGAACUACACGGGCCAAACACUCUUUACAAGGACUUUGUGUCGUUCUCUAUGACAGCCGUGGACGACACUCAGGUCCUGAGGAGGGGGAGACCUUAUGGGGGGCUCACCUCUCUGUGGCAUAAAAGCCUCAGUAAGCACAUCCGGGUGAGUGGUGCUCAGAACCCCCGAGUCCUGAGCAUUACUUACAAGGAUGACAGGCUCUCCAUCCUGGUGAAUGUGCAUCUCCCUACCAAGAUUAGGGAGAACAUGGAUGACCAAGCCAUGUGUUUAGGGACACUUGCCUCGUUGGUGGACAGUGCCCAGGAGCAACAUGUUUGUGUGUUGGGGGACUUCAAUGCUGCUCCUGGCACCCCCUUCUUCAGUGACCUACAACACAUGUGUGAGGACCGGGACAUGGUGGUGGCCGAUGUGAGGACGCUCCCCCCAACGAGCUCCACUCACGUCAACAUGGGGUGCCUCUCUCGCACCUGGCUUGACCAUGUAGUGCUAUCACCAUGUCUGCACAAUGCAUUGGAUGGGUGCACAAUUCUAUAUGACAAGUGUCUCCUCUGACCAUUUUCCUUUCUUAAUUGGGCUGAAAAUAACUGGGCUUCCUGCCUUGACACAGGUGAGGCAGGAUAGGGUGGCACAGGUUAAGUGAGAUUUCAAGACACAAGGAAAAGAAAGGAGUAUGGUCGGGUGGUGACAGAGUUGCUGAGAGACAUUGCCAUUGAUCCUGUCAGGUUAUGUUUCUUCCAGAGUACUUCUCUUGUCAGCGGGCAUCAUGACGCCAUCGACAGGCUUCAUCAGUCGUUGGUGGGGUGCAUGGUGCGUGCGUGCUGGUGAGAGAGUAUUCGAUACGUGCAGGAGGAGAUGGAGGCAGAUUCCUGGCUGGAACGAGGUGGUGUGGGAGGCCCACGGUCUUGCCAGGGAGCCCUUCCUGGAGUGGAGGGCCGGGGCCUCCACUGGUGCAGGGCUCAUAAGGAGGAACUACAAGCUGAGGUGCUGGCAGCCCAGCUGGCUGGCAGUGACGCAGCUGGCUUCUGGAGUGGCCUACGAGCCCUGUCCCCGGACUCUCACACGCUCCCCUUACGUGUGGAUCAGGCCGCGGGGGAGGAGGACAUUGCCUACAUGUGGGUUGACCACUUCGAGGGUACCCUGAACUGUGUGGCAGACGUGGAGAGUGAGAGGGCCCUCCGGAGCGGGCUGCGUGGAGUGACGCUGGAGGGCUUUCGCAGUGUUAACUACAGUGAACUGAGGGAGUACUGCGGACCCUCUCUAACAGCGAGGCACUGGGCAUUGAUGGGCUUCCCUCUGGUGCCUUAACCCCUUCACUACGGCCGGGCCAAAACAGCGCCCCGCGCCGUAUCCGAGAUCGCCACGCGCACCAAAUUUCACAUGUUGCUGUUGAACGUAACAAGUUUUCAGCCAUAAACUCAACAUAAUCACCAUGUAUUAUUUAUGAAAACAUGCAGAAUUAAAUGGUGCACAUAAAGAAACAUAAAUUAAUUGAUAAUUUUGAGAUGUAAGCAUAGAGAUAAAAUAACUCUUAUAUUGGCUAAAGUGAGCCAGGACGCAGUAUGCACAUCCUCGGAUAUGGUACAGGGGAUGCAAGGACGCAAUAUACGCGUCCUCAUGUUGAAGGGGUUAAAAUAUGCACCUCCCAGCCUGGUCUCUUGGCUCUGCCUCUUUAUCAAUGCCUGCAUCUGCCAUUAAUACAUACCCUCCCAGGUCUUGGCAGUGCAAAUAGUUCCCUUGCUAAAGAGCAAGGUUAAAGACCCUGCUCUCUCUAGCAACUAUAGUCCCAUUGCCAUUGUGACUGCCUUGUCAAAAGUGAUUGAGAAGGCAGUGCUGCACCACCUAGAGGCCUACCUGAACAUGCUGGACAAUUAGUUUAGUUACAAGAAAGGGCACGGCACUGAGAUGUGUGUGUGGACGUUGAAGAAUAUCAUUGAGUACUACACUUCCAUGGGCUCACCUGUCUACCUUUGCUUCCUUGAUGCCAGCAAGGCAGAGUGAAAUACAGGAAGCUGUUUAAUAAACUGCUUGUAAGGGAAACUACUGGGUACAUUGUCAAGCUCCUAAUGUACAGUCACGCUACGCAGUGUUGAGACAGUUUGCAAUGACUUUCAUUCAAAUAAUACAAAAUAUUAUUUUUCAUUCAAAUAAUACAAAAUAUUAUUCGAAGGUAAGGGAUGCUUAGGAGUGAUUUUGUUAUAGAUACACAAAAUAUGAUAUUGAGAAAGGAAAUAAAUUGAAUAGAGUGGAAGUUUUUACCUUAUAACGAUAUAUUUAGCAGCUCUGCCCAAACAUUUUGAUACGGUUUUCGUUCAAGACAUUAAAAGAGUCAAAUCAGUCCUAUGUUAAGACUAAAUAUAUAUAUAUAUAUAUAUAUAUAUAUAUAUAUAUAUAUAUAUAUCUAUAUAUAUAUAUAUAUAUAUAUAUAUAUAUAUAUAUAUAUAUAUAUAUAUAUAUAUAUAUAUAUAUAUAUAUAUAUAUAUAUAUAUAUAUAUAUAUAUAUAUAUAUAACUGCACAAAUAUAUUGCUCUUUCUUUCAAUGUAGUGUUAAACCCUAUAUUAUAAAAUAAUAGGAAAAAAUAAUUAGCUGAACUUCAUUUGAUGAAAUGGGAAAUAAAUACUACAUAAUAAACUCGGAUUUCAUGAUGACGUCAUCCGGAACGACAUUCAUUCAUGACUAUAUAUCUUGUGUGUGUGAAAUCAGCAAGAUUCUGAAAAAAAAAUCACAAAAUCAAUUGUCUAUAUUUUUAAUCAAUGGUAAAAUCCAAAGAGAAGUAUCGACAAGUAGCCAGACAUAUAAUUUAGAGUUGCACGAGACACACGACACACGGCGCGAUGUAGCCUAAUGUCUGGGUAGACAAUGCUUGGUCAGCGUUGCACUGCUAGCCUACCAUUUUCUUCCAUCCAUCACUGUCGAGUUAAUUACAUACAUUUGAUCAAGAUAAUAAUAUUUAUAACUUGUAGGUAUGAAUAGUGAAGUGACCCCUACUCCGCCCCGGUGACUUUGUAAAUGAAUGUGGCUACAUAGCCUAUCAUUCCAAUACAUUUCUCUUCGCCACAUUCACAUAGAGUACACUGUUAAGUUUUCAUUGCAUUUAAGGGAAUCACUGAUAUUUAUUAGGUGUGUGCAAAACUAAAGAAUUUAAAAUUAAGUAGUUUUAUAAAAGUCGGUAGAGAAUGUUUCCCCAAGGAUAGUUGCCAGAUGUCGCUAGCCUACGCUCCGUGUCCGAAAGAUUAUGAAAACUGUGUCAACACUUCGUAGUACGACUGUACUGGUACACUACCCAGGACUUUACUGUAAAAUGGGGGGCUUCCACUUCGCUGCCAUUUAAGACAGCCAAUGGUAUUCGCCAGGGAGGGAUCCUGUCUCCCUACCUGUACAACGUCUACACAGAUGAUCUCACUGCUGAUCUGCGUGACACAGAAACAGGCUGCCACUUCCAUGAUAAGUACAUCAGCUCGCUGAGUUAUGCUGAUGGCGCCCGCAGUGGAGUCUCUGCAGGACCUUAUUGGAGUGUGUCAGGCUUAUGCUGCCACACAUGAUAUUGUCUACAACACCACCAAGACAGAGUGCAGGGUAGUGCCGCCGCCACACUCCAGGGUGGACUACCAGACAUCAGCGUGACUAAGUGGGAGUGCACUUACAUUUAUGGAUAGAUUCACAUACCUGGGCCAUGUCAUCAAUAGGGAAAGGACCAAUGAUGAUGACAUCAAGAAGCAGACCACCAAGCUCACAGUCAUCAGCAACAUGUUACUGAGGAAAUUUUCCUACUGCAGCACGGAGGUGAAGUUGGAGUUAUUCAGGAGCCACUGCUACUCUCUCUACUGCAACUCGCUGUGGUCGCGCUAUAGGGCUGCCUCCAUGAACCGUCUUAGGGUCUAUUAUAACGACAUUCUCAAGCGGCUUCUGGGGCUUCCUAGAUGGACUAGCUCAUCCUUGGCCUUUACCGGGCACUGGAUGAACUGUCUGGCUGUGCUACGUUGCCAUGCUGUGUACAGUAUGAGGAGUAGAGUGGAACAAUCAGGAAACUCCAUCAUCACCUCCGUCAGACAGAGCUCAGGCUAUGUAUGUGGAUCUAUGCAGCGGGAGUGGCUGGGCCUUCUGUUUGUGUAGAUUGUGCAUAAGUGUGCUGUGCACACAAAUAUAUAAUUAUAAGUUGUCAAUUAUUAAGCAUUAUGUAUCUUGUUCAAUCUCGUUCGUUUUCUUGUCCUGCUUUUUAUAUAUGCCGCUGGGUGAAAAAAAAAAUCAUAUUAUUAUUAUUAUAUAUAGUUCCGUCUAAGGGUUAAUAUCGGUUUAUGUGUUUUUUAUCAAGCCUUAUCAUCUAUAAGAGUAUAUGAGAAACAUAUAUAAGAUGAUUUAGCAUUGCAUGCAAGAUAGUAGUAUAGCCUGAAAUAACUAGUUGACUGGAUAACAGGAGUGCCACCCAGUGAUUAGAAAUUACUACCCAGUGGGCCUGCAUUUUUAGCACCAGGUGGGUAGUGCAAAUAAUAAAAGUCUUUAAAUAAAUUAUAAGUAUUUGCAAAGCUUCCCUCCCAAUUGACUUAACUCAAUUUAUUUUUGUACCUAUCCUGGGUCAGCAUUUAUUAGAACUCUUACUUCAAUCAUUCCUUAAAACUGAUGAUAAUGUGUGGUGAUGUGAUGAUCAAUGUCUAAACCUGAUUUCCAUACAUUGCUGUCUUUGUAUACUUGUAGAGGACAUGUAGGCACAUCAGUGUUUGAGAUACUGGAAUAAAACAUUUUACAUGGGGUUA